GUGGGCUCCACGGUUUACGAUUCGUGUACGUCCGCGACUCCGGAAGGGUCGUGAGCGUCAAGAGAAGAAAAGCGAAUACACUAUCCGUUGCACCUCUCGACACUCUCGUGAUUCGAACUCGAGAAAGGGCCACCUUAUCAAAAACCCAGGAAACCGCGCCUUAUCAAAAACCCAAGAAACCGCCGUCUAUCUCUUUCUCCCUCCUCGACGGGCGACGGGAGCAGCAGCGCGCGAUGGUCUCAUGCAUCCCUACCACUCCUCUCUUUCUCCUUCCAAACAAACCCUCACUAUCUCGUCAGUCUCCCAAUCGGCAGCAGCAGACCAUAACCCCACCAAUCCCCAGAUGGCGCUGUUCUGCGACGAACCAACCACCGCAACCUAAGAAAUCUAGGCGGCCUGCAAAGAAACCCCAGACGGGAGCCGAGAGAACUGGCGUCGAUCCCGUCGGAUUCCUCACCAAGCUCGGCAUUUCCAACAAGGCGUUUGCUCAGUUCCUCCGUGAACGGUAUAAAUUGUUGAAGGAUCUGAAGGUAGACAUGUUUACUCGGUUUGCGAAUUUGAUGGAGGUAGCUUCUGGGUAUGAGUUACUAGGUCUGCACCGCCACAGGCAACAUCGGGUAGAUUUCAUGGAAUGGGCUCCAGGUGCUCGCUAUUGCUCUCUUGUUGGUGAUUUUAAUGGGUGGUCGCCAACGGAAAACUGUGCAAGAGAGGGGCACUUUGGCCGUGAUGAUUUUGGUUAUUGGCUAAUUAUUCUUGAGGAUAAGCUUAGGGAUGGAGAACAAGCAGAUGAAUAUUAUUUUCAGGAGUACAAUUACAUGGACGACUAUGACAAAGGUGACAAUGGGGUUAGUGUUGAUGAAAUUCUUAAAAGAAUGAAUGAGUACUGGGAACCUGGAGAGGAUCGCUUCCUUAAGUCACGUUUCGAAGUACCAUCUAAGUUAUAUGAAGAAAUGUUUGGCCCCAAUGGUCCCCAGACAGAAGAAGAAUUGGGUGAAAUUGCAGAUCCUGAAACACGAUAUAAAGCAUGGAAAGAAAGCCAUAAAGAUGAUCCUGUCAGCAACUUGCCUCCUUUUGAUGUCAUUGAUAAUGGAAAAGAAUAUGAUAUUUUUAAUGUUGUGGAUGAUCCUGUUUGGCGUGCAAAGUUUCGAGCAAAGAAGCCUCCUAUAGCCUAUUGGAUAGAGAUGCGCAAAGGAAGAAAGGCGUGGUUAGAAAAGUACAUUCCAGCUAUCUCUCAUGGAAGUAGAUACAGGGUUUAUUUUAACACUCCUGGUGGGCCUUUGGAGCGGGUUCCUGCUUGGGCCACAUACGUUCUUCCUGAUGUAGAUGGAAAGCAAUCAUUUGCAGUGCAUUGGGAACCACCUCCUGAAAGUGUGUAUAAAUGGAAAAAUAAGCGUCCACAAGUGCCAAGAUCUCUUCGUAUAUAUGAAUGCCAUGUUGGAAUAAGUGGGACUGAAAUGAAGAUUUCUUCUUUUAAUGAAUUUACCUUGAGGGUCCUUACACAUGUAAAGGGAGCUGGAUACAAUGCAAUUCAGUUGAUUGGGAUUCUUGAGCAUAAAGAUUAUUCCUCCGUUGGGUAUAAAGUCACAAAUUUCUUUGCUGUUAGCAGCCGAUUUGGCACUCCUGAUGACUUCAAGCGUUUGGUUGAUGAAGCACAUGGGCUUGGGCUACUGGUUUUCUUAGAUAUUGUCCAUUCCUAUGCGGCUGCAGAUGAGAUGGUUGGUUUGUCAUUAUUUGAUGGAACGAAUGAUUGUUACUUUCAUACUGGCAAACGAGGGCAACACAAAUAUUGGGGUACCAGAAUGUUCAAGUAUGGCGAUCUCGAUGUGCUACAUUAUCUUCUAUCAAAUUUGAAGUGGUGGGUUGUGGAAUAUCAAAUUGACGGUUUCCAGUUCCACUCACUCUCGUCUAUGAUGUAUACGCACAACGGGUUUGCUGCUUUUACUGGUGACAUCGAGGAGUAUUGUAAUCAAUAUGUUGACAAGGAUGCUUUGAUGUACCUUAUUUUGGCCAACGAGAUGCUACAUGAGCUUCAUCCUAAUAUAGUAACAAUUGCAGAAGAUGCAACUCUUUAUCCUGGACUAUGUGAGCCAGUUAAUCAAGGAGGACUGGGAUUCGAUUAUUAUGUCAAUCUUUCUGUAUCAGAGAUGUGGUUAUGGUUCCUUGAGAAUGUACCUGAUCAUGAAUGGAGCAUGGAUAAGAUGGCGAGCGUGCUCUCGAGCAGCAAAACAAAUGCAGAUAAGAUGCUUAUGUAUGCUGAAAACCACAACCAGUCCAUAUCUGGUGGAAAGUCAUUUGCAGAAAUUUUGUUUGGUGAUAUCAAAGAGCAUUCUUCCAGUUCAGAGGAUCUGAUUCUUAGAGGGUCUUCAUUGCACAAAAUGAUCAAAUUAAUUACGUUUACAAUCAGUGGGCAUGCUUACCUCAACUUCAUGGGCAAUGAAUUUGGGCAUCCAAAUAAAGUUGAAUUCCCUAUGCCCAGCAACGACUUCUCUUUUUCUCUAGCCCAUCGUCAGUGGAAUUUGUUUAUGGAUAAAGGGUUGCAUUAUGAUAUUUUCUCAUUUGAUAAGGACAUGAUGAACUUGGAUGAAAACGAGCAUAUACUGUCAAGAGGUCCACCCAACAUUCAUCAUGUAAACAACUCUAGUAUGGUAAUUUCUUACAUGAGAGGUCCGUUGCUCUUCAUAUUCAACUUUCACCCGCAAAAUUCCUAUGAAAAAUACAGUGUAGGUGUAGAAGAAGCUGGAGAGUAUCAAGUAACACUUAAUACUGAUGAAAUCAAAUAUGGUGGACGUGGAUGCAUUGGGGGUGAUCAAUAUCUUCAAAGAACCUCUAACAAAAGGGUCGACGGCCUUCGAUACUGCUUGGAGGUCAACCUGCCCAGUAGAAGUGCUCAGGUAUACAAGUUGACUAGAAUAUUAAGAAUAUGAGCCGUUUUACAUAACCCAAGUUGCAAAGUGCUUCUGGUGAUAUCUUGGAACCCAUCGGAGAUGGUCGUUUGGGAGAAUAUGAACAUUUAUCUGAUGCUUGUUCUUUGGGGUUCUGCUCCUGUUGGCUAAUUUGCUCUGUCUGGAUUUCAUGGAAGUGAGAUACAUGGUGACAUCAGAUCUUGUUAACGACAGAGAAACUGGGGAGGAUGUCUGCCGAGAAAUUAGCAUAUUCACUGUUCAUCAACCAUCUCAUAAUGGCCUCCACAUGCAUCAAAAGCUUCAAAUCAGUGCUCAGUUGCCACUGACGUGAUCCGAUCAGAGCUGUCUAUUUUAAAAGUAUUACUUGAAGUGCUAUAAACUGAUACGGAGACAUAGAAAGUGGUGUCCCAGUCACCCAGUUGCCUGUUGUAUGGGUCCCAAGAAAAAAACAUGGUUGGCCCCACCGCAGGAGCCAAUGCCUACCGUUAGACACAUGGAAAGGGAACAUACGAAUUUACAUUGUUUUACUGCAGUAGUCUUGUUGUUUGGGUCCAUCUCAGGGUUGUAAACUAGUUCCCUCUGAUUGUUUUGAACACCAAUUCAUCUCAGUAGUUGCUUAUCCACGGGUAUGCUACCUUGCUCUA